AUGCCAUCUUUUGAUGAGGUUUUGAAGGAAGCUGGGGAGUUUGGAAGAUUUCAAAAGAGGGUCUUUUUCCUCCUUUGCCAGACUGGCGUAACUUUUUCUUUCUUGUUUACCAGUGUGGUUUUUCUUGGGCAGGCACCAGGCAACUACUGGUGCAGGAUCCCUGGGGCAGCUGAAUUAAGUGAACGAUGUGGCUGGACUCUGGAAGAGGAACGAAACUUCACAGUACUGCCCCUACGCCUGGGCAACAGGUCGUCCAGUGGGGAGUGUGAGAGGCUGGAUGUUGUGUGGGAUGCCUCUGUCAGCUGCACUAACCCCCUCACCCAUUAUGGCAAUCAUAGUGAGGACAACCUGUCACUAGCUGCAUGCCACGAUCACUGGGUGUAUAAACAGCCCCACUCAUCCAUCGUCAGUGAGUAUGACCUUGUGUGUAGCAAUGCCUGGAUGCUGGAUCUCUCACAGGCUAUCCUCAAUCUGGGGUUCCUGUUUGGUGCCUUCACCCUGGGCUAUGCCGCAGACAGAUAUGGCAGAAUCCUCAUCUACCUGCUCUCCUGUCUUGGGGUGGGGAUAUGUGGUGUCAUAGUGGCAUUUGCGCCAAAUUUUACUGUAUUUAUGAUCUUCCGUUUCCUCCAAGGCGUGUUUGGCAAGGGAACCUGGAUGACAUGCUACGUGAUUGUGACGGAGAUCGUUGGUUCUGACCAGAGAUUUGUUGGGAUUGUGAUUCAGAUAUUCUUCACCUUGGGAAUUAUGAUUCUCCCUGGAAUUGCGUACGUGGUUCCCACCUGGCAAGGGAUCCAGCUGGCCAUUUCACUGCCCAACUUCCUCUUCCUGCUCUACUACUGGGUGGUUCCUGAAUCUCCACGUUGGCUUCUGACACGCAAAAAGGGAGAGAAGGCAUUAAAAAUCAUGCACAGCAUUGCAAAACACAAUGGGAAAUAUCUCUCACCACAUUAUUCAGAGAUCACUAUUAACAAUGAGGAGGUCAGCAACCCCUCCUUUCUUGAUCUGGUGAGGACCCCCCAGAUGAGGAAGAAUACACUCAUCCUAAUGUAUGGCUGGUUUGCAAGUGCCCUGAUCUACCAAGGGCUUGUCAUGCGCCUAGGAAUUGUUGGAGGGAACCUCUACCUAGACUUCUUCAUUUCGGGAGCUGUGGAGCUGCCUGCUGCUCUCCUAAUUUUAGUGACAAUUGAUCGCAUUGGCCGGCGCCUUCCCUUUGCAAUAAGCAACAUCGUUGCAGGAGUUGCGUGCCUCGUUACUGCCUUCUUGCCAGAAGAUAUCCCAUGGUUCAAAAUGACCAUCGCCACUCUGGGAAGACUGGCCAUCACGAUGGCUUUUGAAAUUGUCUAUCUUGUGAACACUGAAUUGUACCCUACGACACUGAGAAACUUUGGUGUUUCCCUGUGCUCGAGUUUGUGUGACCUAGGUGGAAUCAUAGCCCCAUUCCUGCUUUUCCGAUUAGCAGCUAUCUGGUUGGAGCUACCUCUGAUUAUUUUUAGUAUUCUUGCGGUUGCCUGUGGGCUCCUAGUAUUGCUUUUACCAGAGACAAAAGGAAUCUCCUUACCAGAGACAGUGGAGGAUGUGGAACACCUCUCAAGUCAUUUUGGUAAAUGUGGCAAGAAACAGAGACACCGGGCCAGCAACUCUUAUAUUUGA